CCUAGGCAAGUCACUUAACCCCAAUUGCUUCAGCAAAACCCAAAAAACAGUGUUCUUUCCACUGCACCAGAGAGAGGGUGAGACUCCAGCCCUAGGGAACAGAGAUAGACUGCGAGAGAAUCUGGAAAGAUGGGGAGGUAGAGAAUUGUAAAUUUCUUCAGAGCAGGGACCCAUGGAUUUUUUAGUCCUUUGCAUUCCAAAGUGCCCAAUAUGGUGCUUGGUAUAUAGUAAGAGCUUAAUGAAUCUAGGUUGAAUGGAAUUGGAAAGAGCUGGGGAGAAAGGACGGAGGAGGUGGGCUCUGGAUGGGAGGGAGCGGUGCAGCCGGACAUGAGGAUGCAUCAGAAGCGUGAUGGGGAAGCGUGAUGGGGACCUGGAACCGGUGUUUAAGCCUCAGGCGUGCACCGUCCUUCCUUCUCCCUCCCGCCUCCCCCCACUCCCACCCCCCAACCUGGACACUGUGCUCCGGCGGCUGCUGACACUAAGCGAGAUGGAUGGGUUCAAAAGCAUAGGGACUGUCGCCUGGGGCAGCUCAUGCUUCCAGUCCAGCGUGGUGGGGGGCGGUGGUGAGGGGGGAGGCAGGGAGGCGGGGGUGGGGGGUGGACGGAACGGCCCCGGGCCGGGUGGAAGGCGAGAAGGAUGGGGAGAUCCAGCAGGAGAUAUAUAGCCCUGGCCUGGACGAGAGAUUAGGCAGGAGGCGAGCAGGAUGAGCAGCGAGGAUAAGGUCGCUAUGACUGAGGCAUCUUCGGACCCAGGUAGGGAAGCGGUGGCAGCCAGUUACCAGCGCUUCGAGCCUCGCUCCUAUCUCCGAAACAAUUAUGGGCCCCCUCGAGGGGACUUGCGCCAACUAGACGGCGUGGGACCCUGGAAGCUGCGGUGUCUAGCUGAAACCUUUGCCACGGGUGAGGUGACUGGCCACAGCCUCAUUGACAUCGGCUCUGGCCCCACCGUGUACCAGCUGCUCAGUGCUUGUGCCUACUUUGAGGACAUCACUAUGACUGACUUCUUGGAGGUGAAUCGCCAGGAGCUGGGGAUCUGGCUGCGACAGGACCCUGAUGCCUUUGACUGGAGCCUUUACAGUCAACACGUCUGCCUCAUUGAGGGCAAAGGAGAGUCCUGGCAGGAGAAGGAGCGGCAGCUUCGUUCCAAAGUGAAGAGGAUCCUGCCCAUUGAUGUGCACCAGCCCCAGCCACUGGGUCCUGGGAGCCCAGCCCCUUUGCCCACUGACGCCCUGGUCUCAGCCUUCUGCUUGGAGGCAGUGAGCCCUGACCAUGCCAGUUUCCAGAGGGCUCUGGACCACAUCACAACUCUACUGAGACCUGCUGGGCAUCUCUUGCUCAUUGGGGCCCUGGAGGAGUCCUGGUACCUGGCAGGGGAGGCUAAGCUGUCUGUGGUGCCCAUUCAGGAAAGGGAAGUGAGAGAAGCUUUGAGUCGCAGUGGGUACCAAGUUCGAGAUUUUCGAACAUACACCAUGCCUGCGUACCUGCAGACUGGUGUGGAUGAUGUCAAGGGCAUCUUUUUUGUUUGGGCACAGAAGAACGUAGCGUGAAGGGCCCGAGUUAUCCAAUGUCUGGUGCCCAUUCAUUUCAGGAUCUGCAUUGAUGCCCAAGGUGGCAUAAAAACAUAGUACCCAUUCUUAGGUGUUUAUAGUUGCUGUGACUCUCACAGAAAACAUGUAGGUGUCUGGAAGGCUCUCUUUCGGUAGGCAUGGGAGAGGAGAGAGGAAGGACAUAGGAAUCCUGUACCCUCGUUCAAUAAAGUUUUCUUUCUUCAUGCUGUCUGCAGAACAUCGGGUCAGCCUCCUUACUAUUUCUAAACUGGGGGAAGUCUGAAAAGGGAAGUGAAAGGAAGGAGGGGAAAAGGGAGACUGGAGGAGACCGGU